AUUCUACUACGUUCAUCUUACGCCUGGUCUCUUCCUGCCGCUAGUAGUGACGCGCGUAGCAGCCCGUUCCCCACUCAAUCGCCAAUUUGGGUUACUUCGGGUUCCUUACAUCAGCUUAGAACCUCAACAGAACGCUAUACCUAACCCGCAACGCCACAUUCUGCACCGCACUUCACACAGUGAAGCUAUUUUUUCCUGGGAAGCUCGACAGCCUUCUAGCCUGGCGCCCCUUUUAUGGCAGGGCGUGGCUUCAUGGUGUCGGGGGCAACAGAAUCCGUCAGCGUCCGUCAGACCGCUCGCGGCGGCUCGCCGGAGCUCCGUAAUGACAUUGACGGGCAUGAGCCCACGUGGUCGCAAGAGCAGCGCUGCUGUUGGCAGCAGCUGCAUCCUCGUUCAUCUGCCAGGCAGCGCCAGUGGUGCCACUGCCACCUCCCCUAAUCAAAUAAGUCCAAAUCCGAGCGCAUCAUGCGCCGCAUCAUCCUACGCCGCCUCUCACUCCGCCGAGCGCACUCUUUCCAACUCCGGCAAUCGUAAUUCCGUCGCUGCCGUCGGUCGCGGUCUCAGUGCCACUAACGUCACCAGCGGCUCCACUGGCGCUCCUGCUGCUGCUGCUGCUGCUGCUGCUGCUGCUGCUGCUGCUUCGGCUUCUGCUUCUACUUCUGCUUCUGCUGCUGCGUGCCUUGAGACGCCCCAAAUCGCUCUCGCCAGCAGCAGCACUGCGGCGGUUCCGCCGACCACUCCGCGGUUCAGCCUGUUUCCUUGGCCCAACUUUAAGACGCCCAGUCACACCUGGCGACGGGUCUCGACAGCCGGUGCCGCCGAUUCCGCUGGGCCGCCCGUGGGCGGAGAGGCCGCUCGCACGGACAACGAGCCGUCAAAGGCGGCUUCAGAUGCGGCAGCAUCAUACGGAGGGGCGCCGCCGCUACCGCCGCCGCCGUCCCCGCCGUCCAUGGCUGAGCUGGAAGUCUCGGAUCCGAGCUGCGACGACUCUGGCUCGGGGUCGUUUGUAGCGUCGCCGCGACUGGCGGCGGCUCCUGUUCCGCGGAGGCUGGAGAGGCGGAGGUCGUUUCCGCAGCGGAGCACAAGGAAGAGCGGAUUCGGCAAACUCGGCGAGGUUGGCGAGAUCGGCAAGAUCGGCGAAAUCGGUGGACCUGGCGAGUAUCUGUCGUGGAGGGCGAGCUCGGUGUCUUGGUCGCCAAGCGGGGCGAUGGUAGCUCGGCGCGACGAUGGGAGGAGUGGGUCGACGGAUGCGGAGGAGGACGAGCCGGAGAAUGAGGAGGACGACGACGACGAAGAAGAAGAAAGAGAGGAGAGAGAGGAGAGAGAGGAGGGAGAGUGGGGUCUGCGUGGUGGCGAAGGGGCGUCGGGGCACGGUGAGGCUAAAGCGAGGAGCUGGCGCAGCGUGUUGGGGGAGAGCAGCGACAGGUGGAUGGCAAGAAGCCCAGGGAUGGGGAGCCCAGGGAUGAGGAGUCCAUGGAUGUCGACACAGGACCGCCCCCUCGUGCUCUUCGACCACUCGCCCUCCGCCUCGCCCCUCUCCCCGACCGCCGCCUCUGGUUCCUCUCUGGCUGCUUCUGCUGCUGCUUCUGCUGCUGCGUUUCCUGGUGGCAAUGGUGGCGGGGGCGGUGUGAGGCGGGGCAAGGUGGCAUGGUGGUGGGGGGCGUGUGAGUGGAACCUGAACCUGGUGCUGCCUUCCUCUGUGCGCCGGCUGCCGCUGCUGCACCCUGCUGGUGCUGAGGUGCUGCUGCCACAGGCCAACUCGGAGGGCGGGCAAGACAUGGCGGGGAUGGACGCCAUGCCUGAUCACGAUACCGCAUGUGAUGCUGACGCAGACGAUGGUGAUCCUGGCGAUGAUGGCGAUGAUGGCAAUGAUGGCAAUGGUUUCGGCUUCAGCAUGCGUGGUGCUUUGGCAAUCCAGGUGAAUGAACCUGCUGCUAUUGCCUCUGCUGCUGCUGCCGCUGUUGCCGCUGCUGCUGGCUAUGAUGGGGACAGCCCAGAGGUGACAGGAGAGGAGGAGACGGGGGAGGAAGAGGUAGAGGUGCGGGAGUGGGGAGUGGUGCGCGCAGGGGAGGAACCUGAGGUGGAUCCGGGAGAUGCGGAGGGGAGGGAGGAGGGGAGGGAGCAGGGCGAGGAGGAGGACAGGGAGGAGGGGAGGGAGGAGUCAGAAGCAGGAGAGGCGGAGGCGGGGACAGAGGCACUGCAGGGCACGGCAGAGGGAGGCGAAGCCCGGGAGGUCGGCCAGGGUGAAGUGCUGCAGAGGGAUCAAGGUGUCCUCGUGACGGGUGGUGCCCAAGGGAGCACGGUGUUAGUGACAGGUGCUGCCUACGGUCAGAGGCCUAGUAUGGUGGAGUAUGGCGUUGCUGUGAUGGGUUCGGAUCAGAGGCCUAGUAGCAGUAGCAGUGGGAGUGGCAGGGAUAGCACCGCCAGUGGGUACGGGAGAGGCCGGAACAGCAGCAGCAGCAGCAGCGGUAGCAGCGUGAGCAUGUGGGAUGCGAUGCUUCUGGCGCCUCUCUCGCCUCUCCCUCGUGACACGCUUCCCACUCGCCCCUUCACCAUGCGGCGACGGCUCUCAGAGGUGGAGCAGGAGGGCGACGACCAGCCAGCCUCGCCCACGUCAGCCUCGCCCGACCUCUUCCACGUCUUCUCUCGCUCCUCUCGCUCUUCUCGCCGCACCUCCAGCCAUAGCAGCCUGCUCUCCGCUGCAGUCUUCUCCCCUGCACUCUCUGGCCGGGCUCCUGAUGCUGCUGAGCAUGCCAUGCUUGGCGCUGCUGCUGGCAGUGGGGUGACUGGUGCUGGCGAGUGGUCGGUGGGAGGGCGAGGUUUCGGGGAGGGGAGGGUGAGCAGUGGUGGCAUGGGGAUGGGGAUGGGGAUGGGGAUGGGGAUGGGGGAGAGUGUUGGGCAGCUGUCGUAUGAGGAGCUGCUUCUGCUGGAUGAAGGCAUUGUGCCGAGGGGCCUCACUCCUCGAGAGCUGUGGGCACUGGAGCGGCUCACUGUGACCCCUGCUGACAUGCACUCACACCCAGACUGCCAGAUUUGUCUUUCUCCUCCAAUGGUGGGAGACCUUCUGGCAUGUCUUCCCUGCCACCACACCUUCCACAACGCCUGCAUCACAACAUGGUUUGUUCAGAACCGCACCUGCCCGCUCUGCCGAUUUGAGAUUGCAGCCACCAGCUAACAUGACUCCAACGAGACCCCCACAUGUGACAUAACAUGUAACUGAUGUGAUAGGUGGGUGGGUGACAUAACAAGUGACUGAUGUGUUUAACAAUAACACAAUAAGGGGUGUAUUGCACGAUCAUCUGAUAAGGAAUUGUUUGCUAAAUCGAGGGCUUUUA